AUGAGUAACAUGGGUGUGGAGAUGCUUGCCUUCACCCUGGCUGUUUCAGGCUGGAUCCUAAUAUCCUCUACCUUACCCACUGACUACUGGAAAGUGUCUUCAAUCGAUGGCACUGUCAUUACCACUGCCACCUUCUGGUCCAACCUCUGGAAGACCUGCGUCACAGACUCAACCGGAGUGUCCAACUGCAAGGACUUCCCAUCCAUGCUGGCACUGGAGGGUUACAUCCAAGUCUGCAGAGGCCUCAUGAUUGCUGCUGUCUGCCUGGGAUUUUUUGGAAGCAUACUCGCCUUGGUUGGGAUGAAGUGUACCAAGAUUGGAGGAUCAGAUAAGACCAAAGCUAGAAUUGCUUGUCUGGCAGGAAUACAUUUCAUACUUGGCGGUUUGUCAUCUGUGACCGCAUGCUCGCUGUAUGCACACAGAAUUACAUCCGAGUUUUUUGACCCCACUUAUAUAGCACAAAAAUAUGAAUUAGGUGCUGCUUUGUUCAUAGGAUGGGCAGGCUCGGCACUCUGCAUCCUUGGGGGGAUUGCUCUCUGUUUCUCCAUGGCAGGCGAUGGGACAAACAAAAGGGCAGGUUACACAUACAGUGGAGCAGCCUCCUUUAUCUCCUCUCGAACUAAAGUGCAGAACAUGGCAGCAGAUGUGAGGUCUGCCAGAGGCAAUGUAAAUCCACCAAAACAUUUUGACAAAAAUGCAUAUGUUUAA